CCUGGGCUUCGGCCUCCCUCCGGUUCCUAGGAAGCGGGCCGACGGCCAGCGCGGGAGCAGCAGCGGCAGAGACGGAGGCUCCGGCGCGUCUCUCUCCUCCCCUUGAGCCUGAGCCGGGGAAGGCCAGGCGGCCGGGGUGGCUGGAGGGGGGUCCGCUGCCCGAGAAUGGGAAUUCUCUUCACCAGGAUAUGGAGACUGUUCAAUCACCAGGAGCACAAAGUUAUCAUUGUUGGGCUGGAUAAUGCGGGAAAAACUACCAUCCUUUACCAGUUUUCUAUGAAUGAAGUUGUACAUACGUCCCCAACAACAGGAAGUAAUGUAGAAGAGAUAGUGAUUAAUAAUACACGUUUUCUAAUGUGGGAUAUUGGUGGCCAAGAAUCUCUUCGUUCUUCGUGGAACACUUACUAUACUAACACAGAGUUUGUAAUAGUUGUUGUGGACAGUACAGACAGAGAAAGGAUUUCUGUAACUAGAGAAGAACUCUAUAAAAUGUUAGCCCAUGAGGACCUAAGGAAAGCUGGAUUGCUGAUCUUUGCUAAUAAACAAGAUGUUAAAGAAUGCAUGACUGUAGCAGAAAUCUCCCAGUUUUUGAAACUAACUUCUAUUAAAGAUCACCAGUGGCAUGUCCAGGCAUGCUGUGCUCUUAUUGGCGAGGGAUUAUGCCAAGGACUUGAAUGGAUGAUGUCACGACUUAAGAUUAGAUGAUCUCUACUGACCUAUUCUCAUAGACUUUGUAUAAAUGAAGUGCUGGACUUUACCUGAAAGCUGCAAAAAUUAAUGGUUUAGAUAUAUUUAUAAUAAACUGAUUUAAACAGUUAAACUUUUUCUAUAAGAAGAAAAAUUAAGACCACUUAUUUGAAAACAAAGAUGAAGUCUCACCUUUCCAUCUGCUUUCUCAUUAGUUCCUUCCAAAGCAAGGUCUUAAAGCUGUGAUGGACAUUUUUCUCAUAAAGAAUCCUCUCAGGACAUUGUGUAGCCUGUGGUAAGUACAAAGGGAGAGGAGGAUAUUUUUAACUUUAAGAGCUUUAUUAUCAAAAGUAUUUUGCAUAGGGUUGUGUAGGUAUUGUGUACAUACCUCAAAUUUGA